AUGUAUAUGUUUACAAACCGUCACUCCCAUUUCACCUCUUGGUUUUCUCAAACACACACACUCUCUCUCUCUCCUCCUGUUUCCUUAGUCUCUCUUUCUCUCCUUCCUCUCUUCCUCCAAAUCACUCUCUCUCCAGUCUUCUCCUGUGAGAUUACUCCGGAUUUCCCAUCUGGGUCCUGGAAUAGGAAGCUUAUUGCAGCUCGCCAUUUUGCAUCAUCUGCUAUAACCAGAGGCGUUUUCAAUUCAUCUCUGGACUACGCUUCUCCAUUUGACGGAGAUGGUCAUGGCACGCACACCGCUUCCAUUGCUGCAGGAAACCAUGGAAUUUUAGUGGUUUUUGCUGGGCAUCAAUUCUAUAGAGAAGUCCGACGACAUUCAAAAGAAGAUACAACGAUGUCAUCGAGGUGCUUCAUCGCGGGCAUGGAGGAUGCGGUAACUGCAUUUGCUUAUUUAUUGUUGAUUGCAACAUCUUACAUACCAACAGGUUAUCUUUGCAUAAAUGUUUUACUAUUGAAUAAUGUGGGUUUGCAUAUCCCACAAGUAUAUUAUCAAGUGUGAAUACACUGUCCGACGCAAAAAGUAUGCAUGCUACCUUAGCCAGCCAAGUUCUUACAAUAGAUUGUGCAGGAUUGGGUAGUCCUGCUGCUUUACUGGUAUUUGAAUUGAUGAGUCCAUAUGAUCGUGCCAGAGACAUAGAUGAAGUACCAUAGUCACUUUUUUUUUUUUUUGCAUUGAUGAAAGCUGCAUUACCUGAACCAUUCACGGGAGGAAACUUUAACAGUAAGUUUUACGUCAAUGAAGAUUUUAAUUAUUCAACUCUAAAGAACUCAAGGUUAUAGCAUAGUAGUACUAUAUAUCACAGUAAUUCAUUUUCCUAACCAAAAGUAAUGUUGUAUGGCUGACAAUUAUCAUUUUCGUCAAUUUUUGUGGGAAGUUGCGAAAGUGACAUCCAAAGGCAUUCAAACGAUGUUUAGGACCAUUGUCCAACUUUGUAUGAAGUGAUUUGACACGUUGGAAGAGAGUCAGAUGAAACUUUUUGUGAUGUACAAGCUUGACGAAAUUAGCAACUGAGACUUGAGGAAAUCAAUACAGUGAUCACUUGUCUUUUCCGUGCUGUUGAUGAUGUGCUUUAUUUUAAACUAUUGCUAAUUUGUAAAACUAUUUGCAGAGCACAAGCACGUGGUCUACUACAAACCCUUGGACAUCCAUUAGUCCGGUUGAAGGGAAAUUUCUUCGGAGAAUCAUCUUCACAACAGUUGAUAUUACUGAUGAGAUCUAUGGGCAGACAACAGAACAAGAUGAUCCAAGUAACUCACCAAUCACCAUGGACUCGACGAUUAGGUAUUAGGCGAUUGGUGGUAGACUCAAGAGUUCAUCGGAUUUACAUGGCAAGGUGUUCCCAACCUCUGUUAAGUUUUAUUAGGGUUCCAACUAUCAAA